GCAGGUCCGAUGGCGCCACCCUCGGCUCCGCUCCCCGCGCGGGCACCCGGAGAGGCUGGACCUACGCGGAGGAGGGGCCGGAGGCCAAGGGCCUUGAAGUUCGCGGACGUGGCCGUGUACUUCUCCUCGGAGGAGUGGGGCUGCCUGCGGCCCGCGCAGAGGAUGCUGUACCGGGAGGUGAUGCGCGAGACCUACGGGCUCCUGGGCGCGCUCGGAUGUGCAGGUCCCAAACCAGCUCUCAUCUCCUGGUUGGAAAGAAAUACCGAUGAUUGGGAACCGGCGGCCCUAGAUCCGCAGGAGUACCGGAGAUGGGUAACAUUCCAGAGAAAAACCCGAACCAGACAGAAGAAUGAAGAGAAGGAAGUGUUCCCACCUAUGGAGACACCCCGAAAGGGGAAGCGAGGGCGGAAGCCCAGCAAACCGCGGCUGAUUCCCAGGCAGACAUCUGGAGGCCCCAUCUGCCCUGACUGUGGCUGUACCUUCCCUGACCACCCCGCCCUGGAGAGCCACAAAUGCGCCCAGAAUCUGAAGAAGCCCUACCCUUGCCCGGACUGUGGGCGCCGCUUUUCCUACCCAUCUCUGUUGGUCAGUCACCGGCGGGCGCACUCUGGGGAGUGCCCCUACGUUUGUGACCAGUGUGGCAAACGUUUUUCCCAGCGGAAGAACCUGUCUCAGCACCAGGUCAUACACACAGGCGAGAAGCCCUACCACUGCCCUGACUGUGGCCGCUGCUUUCGACGGAGCCGGUCCCUGGCCAAUCACCGGACCACACACACGGGUGAGAAACCUCACCAGUGCCCUAGCUGUGGGCGUCGCUUCGCCUACCCAUCCCUGCUCGCUAUCCACCAGCGGACACACACGGGAGAGAAGCCCUAUACCUGCCUGGAGUGCAGCCGCCGCUUCCGCCAGCGCACCGCCCUGGUCAUCCACCAGCGCAUCCACACAGGAGAGAAGCCUUACCCCUGUCCUGACUGCGAGCGACGUUUCUCCUCCUCCUCCCGCCUGGUUAGCCACCGGCGUGUGCACUCUGGGGAGCGGCCCUACGCCUGUGAGCACUGUGAAGCCCGCUUCUCCCAGCGCAGCACCCUGCUCCAGCACCAGCUCUUGCACACGGGUGAGAAGCCCUACCCCUGCCCGGACUGCGGACGUGCCUUCCGAAGGAGCGGCUCCCUGGCCAUCCACCGCAGCACCCACACGGAGGAGAAGCUGCAUGCUUGCGAGGACUGUGGCCGCCGCUUUGCCUACCCCUCCCUGCUGGCUAGUCACCGGCGUGUGCACUCGGGCGAGCGGCCCUAUGCCUGUGACCUUUGCUCCAAACGCUUUGCCCAGUGGAGCCAUCUGGCUCAGCACCAGCUUCUGCACACCGGGGAGAAGCCUUUCCCCUGCCUUGAGUGUGGCCGGUGCUUCCGGCAGAGGUGGUCUCUCGCUGUCCACAAGUGCAGCCCCCACAUCCCCAAUGGUAGCCCUAGACCUGUUCUAGCAGGGCCUGGUCAGAGGAGGAGUGCCCUGUAGCGUGACGAAGACUGUGGAAGGUCACUUAUGCAGGGGUUCAGAGGUCGUACAGAGCGGGAAGAGCUAAAGCCCUGGUCCCCGGCUCCACAUCCCGAACUCCAGUGUAUUCCACCACACUGGCUGCCUUACAGCUUGUCUAGAACAGUUACCAGGAGGGAUGACACCAUUUGAUUAAAGCUUUCCAAGCUAA